GUCAGCAAAUUCAGGCAGAAGAAAAUCACAUAAAUGCCUUAUGCUUUCUAGUGUGAGGGUGAAAUCUAUCAGGCUAUCCUGAGUUUUUCACUAGAACGCAGAAGUCACUUAUUUCAUUUGUAGUGAAGCAAUAGUGAGGUUCAGAAGUGCCAUCUGUCUAUGAAGAUAUAAGUUUUGAAUUCUGCAAAAUGGACGGUAGUGAAAACUAUCAUUCUCCAAAAGACACAGAGGAUAAUGUUUAUGUGAAUGAGGACGACCCAGAGCUGAAAAACUCAGAUAUCUCUGACCGCACUGAGCUGAAAGACAAGAAGAAACCAGGAAAGAUCUUCAGAUAUGCUUUUGGUCUCCUAAUACUUGGUGUUUUAUUAACACUCUGUGUUGUAGGGAUACGUUAUCACAAUAAAGUGGUUUCAUAUGAGAUAUUAAGUGAGCAGUAUUCUAAUGUUACUGAAACGUUGAUGACACAGGAACAUAAAGUCAAAGACAUAGAAAAGCUGUAUGAAGCACUGAAGGUGGAGCAUCAGCAAUUUCAGGAGAAUCUCACAGCAUGCAGUGAGACAGAAAAACUGUAUGAAGCACUGAAGGUGGAGCAUCAGCAAGUUCAGGAGGAUCUCGCAGCACGCAGUGAAGGAAAACAACCCUGCACACUUUGUGAGGAAGGAUGGAAGUCUCUUGGUUUAAAGUGUUACUACUUCUCCAAUCAUAAACUGAACUGGACACAGAGUCGAGAUUACUGUGUGGAGAAAGGAGGUCACCUGGUGAUUAUAACCAGCCAAACUGAACAGGGCUUUUUAGUCUCACAAAUUGGAGAAACACACUGGAUUGGCUUGAAUGACUUGGAGACUGAGGGUCAGUGGAUGUGGGUGAACAACAAGCCCUUAAAGGAGACUGGUGUAACGUUUUGGUAUAGUGCUCCAAUAAAACAGCCUGAUAACUGGAAAGUGGAGGACCCUUCUGGAGAGAAUUGUGCUGCUCUGGGGAAUGUAGGUGGUAACACACAUAAAUGGUUUGAUGAUUCGUGUAGUAAAUUCAAAAAGUACAUCUGUGAAAAGUAAAAUACAUUUCACUUACAUUUGAGUCUGCAAAUAUUUGUUUUUAUGAAUGGAGAACAAUUCAUGGUUGUUGACUAUAAAUAUUUGAUAUUGAAAAACAGCUAACAUUAAGUUU